GAGGGAGCAAAAAACGACGCGUUCGGUGACAGAGCCCCAGCGCCGACUGAGCCCCAAAAGCGAUCUCUGCCCCGUCCUACCAACCCCACCGCGCGCUCCGGAGCGGCCGCUCGGAGGGAGACCCAAGGGGACGGCGGGGGGCACGAGGGAGAGCUGAGGGACGGGGAACCGAGAGAAACGGCGCGAGAACCAGCCAGGACGCAGAGGGCUGGGGGCUGCCAGGAGAGAAGUGAAGCGGGGGCUCGCGAGCGAGCAGAGCGGGGGAGGGUCCCGGGAGGACUGAAGAGAACCGGGGUUCGUCCGGGUGGGAAAAACCAAGGGGAUUUCUGGACCCUGGGAAGAGGAGAAAGAUUUCCAAAGACGAGGCGUGGGUAGGGACGCUUGGCCGGUGAUCCGGGGGAGGAGGGGGGAGGAAUUGGAGAGCUCGGAGGGAGGGGCUUAGGAGAGGAGCUUUCAAGGAAAGACACUGCUGGAGAAAGUUUAGGGAAUUGCUAAAGGCGCGGGGGCUGAAGAGUAGAGGAGCCUUUUAGACGCGAGGCUGGGGAGCCUACCGUAGGGAAGUUCCCCAGGCCCCUUGCAGCUCGCCGCCCCCCAACUUCAAACCCCACUCCCUUCCCCGAAAGUUAAAAGGAAAGCCACAUAUGCUGCUUCGCCCUGCUCCUCCUCAAUAAAUAUUACUUUCACCCUCCCACGGGAAAACAGAAAAGAACUCAUUUCCUUCCCUAAAGUUUAGAGCUUAGAAAAGCUCUAGACCUCGCAAUUUGAUUUUUAACCUGGGGGAAUCAAACUAGGAAAGGGACUGCUCUUGUCUCCUCUUUCAAAAUCCCACACCGCAUCCUUCCCGGGACGCCAUGUCUACCAGCACUUGUAGUUUCAAGGACCGGUGCGUGUCCAUCCUGUGUUGCAAAUUCUGUAAACAAGUGCUCAGCUCUAGGGGAAUGAAGGCUGUUUUGCUGGCUGAUACUGAAAUAGACCUUUUCUCUACAGACAUCCCUCCUACCAAUGCUGUGGACUUCAUUGGAAGAUGCUAUUUCACUGAAAUCUGCAAAUGUAAACUGAAGGACAUCGCAUGUUUAAAAUGUGGGAACAUUGUAGGUUAUCAUGUGAUCGUUCCAUGUUGUUCCUGCCUUCUUUCCUGCAACAAUGGACACUUCUGGAUGUUUCACAGCCAGGCAGUUUAUGAUAUUAACAGACUAGACUCUACCGGUGUAAACUUCCUACUUUGGGGCAACUUGCCAGAGAUAGAGGAAAAUACAGAUGAAGACACAUUAGAUAUCUCAGCAGAGGAGUGUAUUCGAUGAAUGGGAGGGAUAAUGAUAUGUAUAAUAUUCAGACUCUUUCCUAUGUAAAAUACAUAUUAAUGAAUUGACUUUAAAUGUAUUAGUAAGGAUUUACUACUGAUUUCUCUUUUUGGGGGGAAAAUGGGACAUUUGUUGAUUUAUUUAUUUGCUAUCUCAGUCUCAUUACCUGAAUUUAAUUUGAGCCAUUGUAGUUCUUUUCUUCUACUGAUUCCUCUUCCUCUCUCCGCCCCCCAACCCAGUAAAGGUGUAUUCUUAAAUUCAGGUUGGAGAAGAUUAUUUCAUGUGUCACUCAACUACCUCACAAUCUUGGGGAAGUUUUCUUACAAGGAGAUACCAGAUACUGUUAAUUUUAUACUCUUGAAUAAAGGGCAUUCGUACAUAUACAUGUGUGUAUGUCAACCAAGCAUAUAUCCAUGCAUAUUACCAUGCAUACAUAUGACAAGCUCAACUGGAAAUUAAAGUUUAAGAGGAAUUUUUUUUAAAAACCAAGCUGUUAGGUUUCCAUAGAUACUGGUUAUCCUGCGUUAUACUGACGAAAACUCCUUAAAAUGGAACAAGGCUUUGUGAAUCAGCAAAUAGAAUAAGAUAAAUCUUUAAAAUCUAUGGAGAAAAUCUCUUAAUUCCUCAGCACGAUGUUAGGUAAAUGAAUUUGUCACAAAAUUAUCAAUAUAUACUGUUUAGCAACAUUAUUUAUUUACAUUCUUCUAAAGUCAUCUGGUUAUUGUGUUAUGAAAGCGGAUCAACUAAACCUCCAUCUUUAUUCUCUUCUCUAGGACUUUCUCUGUAAAUAGCAAAUUUUAAAUGUGUAGUCUCAGUUCCAACCCUUAAAUAGAAAAAAACUAAAGAAGUGUUUUGCUUAAGCCAUUAUACAUUAUAAAGAGAAUUUUGUUUUUGUUUUAAGCUGCAUUCAGAGCCACACAGAAAUAGGAAACUGGGAUGGUGUUGGAUUGUGAUUUUAGGUACAGCUAAAAUCAGUGUAUCGCCUUAGUAAUACCUCAGCUGUACGCAUUUUGUCAAUAGUGAUACCAAAACAGACUGAG